AUACCAACACCUGGGGGCAAUCCACCCCACCACGAUUCCUUUUUGAAAAGUUCCAGAACUUCGGCUAUGGCAACGUGUGUUUUCGAGGCUCAACAAUCCCAGCCAGCCUGGAAGUUCCUGGCAACGGGAAUCAAUAGAACACAACUCAUUCAACCAAUAGUCUGUCAACUAGCACGCUUUCGAGUUCUCUGAUUUUUCAACCUUACAUUUUGCAUUAGCCAUGUCGCUGGUCUAUAUUACCCACCACGAUGAGAAUAUCCUGGAGUGCGAGCAGGAUUUCGUAAAGGCUUCCGGGCCCAAGGAGUCCUUUUAUGUUUUUAGACAUCCUGUCGUGGAAAAGGCAGCCAAGUAUGCCAAGAGCAUCCGCGACCGCCUCGACAUCGAGGACAAGAAACUCUCGUGCAUCGUGCAGAAAGAUGGCACCCGCGUCCUCACCGAGGCCAAGAAGUCCCUCCACCGAACCAUGGGCUGUGCCCACACUCCCAUCGAUCCGCCGUGCGCCUAUCUGCGCAAAAACCAGGGCGUCAAGUGGCGGCGCGAACGGGAUCAUGUGUGUCCCAAGGUGCCGGGCAUGCCGCCGCUGCCACGUCCUGGCAGUUGCACCAAGAAGGGCAUGACGGCGAAUUUCAUUAAACGCAACCGGGAAUGUGCGGCUCAGACGAUUCCUUGUCCACCGCCACCUCGUAUAGUAGACACUCCGGUUGGUACCCGGCAGAAUCUCAUGAACUCGGGCUUGGUGCCGCAGUUUAUUUGUCGAAAGGAUUUCGGCAAGGUGCCGGUCUAUCUCAAGAAAACCAAAAAGUUGCUGGCCGAAAUGAAUGCGGUGUGUGCCAAGGAGCAGCAGCGUCUUCUGGAACUCUGUCGCGGCAUCAAGGGAUUCACCAGGGCUGCAGGUGCCACCGCCGGAGCCGGUCCACCAGAAAUGCCUGGCAUGCGGGUGAUGGAACUGACUGAGCGCAACGAGAUCCUGGAAGGACUACGGAUGAGUUUGACGGAGAUGACCAAGCAGUAUCAGUCCAUGUCGCUGUUGAUUGAUAAUAUUGCCAAGCGGCAGCGCAAGAGCAAGCUGGAGCACGAUCUGCGACAGGUGGAGCAGGACAUCCUCUUGAUCGAGACUACGCCCAUUAUUUAUGUUUCCGAGUAUUAGCUGCACCUCAUUAUCUUUUUCUUUCUCUCUCCCCUUGGGGGACUAUAACCAAUAUUCUUUGAUCCAAAAAUAUGUCUUGGUUUAAGGUUGAAAAUAAAUUUUACGUUUAUGCAGUUAA